CACACACACACAUCUACACACACACACACACCUACACACACACAUACACACACACUCGCGCACGCGCUUCAGCCCCCCGCGCCGCUGGCUUGGCGCCUCGUCUCUCGCUGCCGCCGCGAGUCUCCGAGGCCGAGCGACGUCGGAGUUGCAGCCAUGGGCAAGCACAACAGCAAGCUGGCACCCGAGGUUCUGGAGGACCUGCUCAAGAAUACGGAGUUCAAUGAGCAGGAGCUGAAGCAGUGGUAUAAGGGCUUUCUGAAGGACUGUCCGAGCGGGCGCCUCAACCUCAAUGAGUUUCAACAGCUCUACGUCAAGUUCUUCCCCUAUGGAGAUGCGUCCAAGUUCGCGCAGCACGCGUUCCGCACCUUCGACAAGAACGGCGAUGGCACCAUCGACUUCCGGGAGUUCAUCUGCGCCCUCAGCAUCACCUCACGCGGAAACUUCGAGCAGAAGCUCAACUGGGCCUUCAACAUGUAUGACCUGGACGGAGACGGGCACAUCUCUCGCCGCGAGAUGCUGGAGAUCAUCGAGGCCAUCUACAAGAUGGUGGGCACGGUGAUCAUGAUGAAGAUGAAUGAAGAUGGCCUCACCCCCGAGCAGCGUGUCGACCGCAUCUUCAGCAAGAUGGACAAGAACAACGACGAUCAGAUCUCGCUCGACGAGUUCAAGGAGGCGGCUCGCAGCGACCCAUCCAUCGUGCUGCUUCUGCAGUGCGACAUCCAGAAGUGAUCCCCGCUCACUCUCUCUCUCUGCGUCUGUCUCUCUCUGUGUCUUUGCCAUCGCAGGGCCAAGGGUUGGGUGGCUCAGCUCGAGAGUGGUGGAGCGAGCCCAGUGGCUCGUCACGUGACUAGGCUUGAAUUCCGGCCUGUUCAGUGUGGUGUUUGAACAGUGCACCCCUAUAAUCUCAGUUAUCAUACAAUGGACAGUGUUACGUUAAAAUUUUCAAAAUCCUUGUUUUUUUCCUUCUUUACAUUUUCUUUUUUAUAGACCGAGGCUUGUUGACCUGCUCUCAGUUUUUUUGUAGGGAUAGGCUUGUGAAGAGGCAAUUCCAUUCCUUUGAGGUUGGCCUUGUUAUGGUACAACAGGAUUCGUUUUAAUGGUUAGGCUUCUUAACAUUUGAUUUUCAUGGGCUAGGCUUUUUUUUCAUAGGGAUGUAACAAUUGAUCACGGAUUUAUCUCAAUUCAUGAAUUGAUAUCAUUAUCUUUUAUUUGGAGCAAAUUAUGAGCAAGUCAAUUCGGAAAAUAGCACAAACAAAACUGUAUAACUGAGUUCCAAAAAAAACAAUCAUUUCUAAAAUCGCCCCCCUGAAUCUCGACAAUUUACCCGAUAAUGGUGGGGUGGGGAAGGGUUGGGGAUGAGAAGUGAAUCUCAAUAAUAAUUCUAGUCCUGUCAAAUCAGAUCGCACGUUAACAAGUCCAGAAACAAGGAAUCCGUUUGCAGUUUAACAAGUUCCGAGCCUUUUCGACCACGAACAAAAGCUUUAGCCGAGUGUGUGAUUGGUCAUUACCUGCCACCGUAGUUUUUAGUGACGCUAACAGGUGACUGAGAUUGGUUGCAGAUGUAGGCAGGUGCACACUGCUCUGAGUCAAUGUGACCCACACUGAUUGUGUCGUGCACGCUACACGGGACACACAAGCACGCUUUGUGAGAUACCCCAACGCCGUCACAGCCUCUCUCGCCUCCCUCAGUGGAGUCGCGCCGUUGUGUCGUGGUAUCCUUGAGUCAGGAGUGAACUUCUCCACAUUCCAGAUAUGCGUUAUUUUGAAGGCAGAGACUACUGACCCCACACACGCGCGUGUGGUAAUAAAAUCUGACAUGGGUAAUACUAGCCCCGAAACCUUAAUCAUCACCCCGAACUCUAAACCCUAACUUUGAACCAUGAACUCUAACCCCUGAACGCCAACUUCGAACCGUACAUCCUAAAACAUAACCCUACACUAUAAUGCCAAACGAUAACUAUUAACACUCAACCCUAAUCUGAAAUGCCAAAGCAUAACCGAAAAUACUGCACUAUAAUCUCUAAAAAAGAACACUAAACCCGAGCUGCAAACACUAAACCCCUAAUCCGACACGAAAAUGUAAUACGUGGCUUCCCUGCGCAUGUCAUUAAUUAGGAGCUAAAGCGCUGGGAAUUGGAAAUACAGCAAAUGGGUUUGCACAAAGGGGAAGGUACAGUAUGGUGAAUAGACGAACAUCUGCUCUGUGAUUGGAUCAAAAUCUGUGGAGACAAAAGUGCUAGAGACGCGGGUUUUCUUUCUGCACAUUUGCGGGGACAGUAGUAUCUCUCGUUUUUUUAAAUGAAAUUUUACGUGGAGUGAUCGUGAUAAAACUCGUCAUGAGCUUAGCCCCAAAUCACUUCAUCGCGCGCACCUUAGCUUUCUCUAGUAGUGGCGUUGACCGUGAUGGAAAUGUGUGAUAAUUUAUAGCAGAAUACUGUAUAUGUCGAUUGUGUUGUACAUCUGCAAACAAAAAUGUUUUGGUUGUCAGGUGUGUUUAAUGGGAAGAUUUUUAAAAAGCAGGUAAAUUUUCUUAUUAUAAUUGCGCUGUGCAUUUAGAACAAGGAUAAUUUUAUGCUAGAAGUCAUCCAAAUAGCAGAGGAAUGUCAUCUCGAUGAAUAAAGUUGUGGUUUUGACAACCAAAACAUUAAAAGCAUUGCAACAUCUACACGCAGCCAGUGCCAUAGCUUAAUUGAUGUUAAUUGAUGUUGGUUUAGUAUCAAGAAGCAGUGUCAUAAUUAUUGCUUAAACGAUGUUUUUACAAGUGACAUUUUCAUUGUAAGCAGAAAUAAAAAGUGGUCAAACGUAUUUGAAAAAAAGAUUUCAGAACAACAUAAUUAUCAAAUGUAAUAAAUGUCUUAAGUCUGUAAUGAGUGUAAAUAUACAUAAUGGGCUUGACAGAGUCAAAAUAUGCUAGUUAUUAUUUAUUUUAAAAAGAACGUGAAAAGAGAUUCUUGACAACUGCAGUGAAAUUGGGAACUCCUAAUUAUAAACACAAUGUUUGAAAUGGUGGCCUGUUGCCAGUGCAUUAUGGGUACACACAGAUUCAUUUAUUACUAUAUUUCCAGAAUGCUGCGAGGCUGGCUUGGAGUAGGGAUUAUUGAGGUAAGGCUAUUAGUACAAUACAUACCUAUCCACAAUCUAUAUUAUUGUAUCCUAUAGUCUUAGGAUUCCUGAGCAGGAUUGGUGGUGCACGCACGCCUGCAAUCCAGCACUAUGGGCGCAAGGGUUGGUUGAUCACACUAAUAUUCUUUUUGGUUCUUUCGGUAAAGUCACGUAGAAGGGAAAUAAAUAAAUGAUAAAAAUAAACCAAUAAAAUAAUUCUCACGACGUUUUGGCCACAACGCAAGCAGCCGUCCUCAGGUGAAGACCAGGUCUGUCGGGGAGACAGCGUCUGAAAUGUUGUGAAACUAUACACGUGCCAUAUUCUACCUUUCCAUGAGAAUGCGGUACAGAAAAUGUGGACUCCACCUGUUCCAUCUGUAUGGAAUAGAAUGUUGUCCCCUUGCACCCAUGGGUUUUCUCCUCGUGCUUCUGUUUCCUCCCACAUGUUAACGCCUUCAUUAUAUCGACGACGACUUCAUAGCUUGGGCAAUUUGUUUGUAGCGCCGGUUCAUUGCGCGGCUGCCUUGCUGCUUGUCUGUGGUGGCUCGCCCUUCUGAGCCAUUAUCUUACUUGGAACGUGGGCAAGUACUGUGCGGCACGUUACGAGUUCAAGUGACUCUGGUUGAUGGCAAAAUCUGACACAAAGUAACACAAUUACAAUCCCAGCAAUCCUACACAUGUAUAUGGGCAGCUGUAUAAAUCACCCUUAAGUUAUCAUUUCUCUAAUUUUACACCACUGUAAAUGACAGAGAAAUUGCAGUUUAAAGUCUUGUGUGCAACUAGAAAUCAAAAAAACACAUUGGACGUCAUGUUGUUUUCCUUCAUUGGUGAGUGUGCCUUGGGCCUCGCAUCAAGGCAUGAUGGUUUGUCUUCGUGUCACAUGUUCAAGGCAUCAUGGUCUUAAUCUUGAGGCCCAACAUGAAGGCAUCUAGCCUUGGUUCGUCAAUUUUAUCAAGCCAGGAUGUCGGCUCUGGUCACUGCUAUUAGUAAUUGUUACGUGCCACCGAUAGCAACUGUAAUGCCUUAUUUUGAUUCCAAAAAGUCUCAUUGAGCUUGAAGACUAUUUCCCGAUGUUCCUGCAUUGAGAUAUUUGACCAGUUGCAUUAAAUACCAUUUGGCUUCAUGUGGGAGGAAAUGGCAGUACCUGUAAAAACACAUCCACGCAUACAAGUGGGUGACACCCACAACUCUCCAGAGAUGGAGUCAUGUCACUGGCUAUGCUGUCAUCGCUUGCUCAUCUUGGGGAGCAUCUGCUUAGGGAGUUCCACAAAUCUACGUGUGAUCCGCCAAUCCUCGCCUCUAAAAGUACUAUAUCACACCACUAAACUUUGUUUUAAAAACUAACAACUAUUUCUCUUGGUAGUGCACGUAUAUUUCUGCGUGCGAAAGUUUUUUGUUGACAAAUGGUUGCGUACCUUUAUGUCUAUGCUGGUGUAGACAUGAACAGGAACAGAAAAUUCCCCAAGUAGUGUGUAAGUAGUCAUGUCUGUCAGUGCAAUAAUAAUGAUGAUGAUGUUGGUGUAAGUGAUGAUAAUUAUUUAAGUGCUAUUGUUAAAGUGGUGAUGAUUCAGGCAUUGAUAAUCAAGGCGAUGAUGUUUUAUUCAAUGAUAAUGGCUAAGGUGGUUCUAAAGGUGAUGGCUAAGGUGGUUGUUAGUAUGGUGGAGAUGGCUAAAGAGGUGAUCAUAGUUAAGGUAGCGAUGGCUACAAUGAUGGUUAUUGAUACGAAUAAUCAUAAUGAAUAUGAUCAUUGAUACGACGGUGUAGAACGUGGUGGUUAUGGUUAACGUGGUGGUGAACUUGCCGGUGAUGGUUAAGAUGGAUCAAUGAAGGUAAAAGUGGUGAGGAUGUUGGUCCUCAUUCACUGCUUUCACUGCGGUUGUUUUAUGGAAAAUGUCCGUGUCAUUUUGACGUAAACAUUGCAAUUGCUGCAUCCAUUUGAUUUCCCGUUAAUAAAUUACACUUGGAAACAA